GGCCUUGUCCGCCAUUGCGUUUCUCGCGAUUUUUGUGGAAAUGUCGUAACUUUUCACAAUGAUGAAGUGUCUCAGAGUAGAAGACGCAUUAUCAUAUUUGGAUGAAGUCAAGGAACGUUUUGCAGGUCAAGGCGCAAUUUACACUGAUUUUUUGGACGUUAUGAGGGAGUUUAAAAUGCAAACCAUCGGCACAGAAGUCGUAAUCCGACGUGUUCGGGAGCUGUUUGAAGGCCAUCCGGAUUUAAUUGUUGGAUUUAAUAACUUCAUCCCUCAGGGGUAUAGGGUUGACGCACCGCCCUCCCGAAUGAAUUCCAUCCUCGGUUGCAGCCGGACAACAGUGGCGGCUCCGAUCAUAGAAAGCGUGUCUCCUCCAAAGCAGCAGUCUACGAUUACAGAAUUUGGGGCGUCCACAAUCACACUUUCUCCUGCUUUUAGCCAUCAUGACUGCGUUAACAGAGCUACCGUCAAUCCGCCUUCGGUUUGCGUUACUGCACCACUAACGGACUCCCAGUCGUUUCGGACUAAUAGUAACUGCGGGCCCCUCGAAACGUCGCAUUUUGCACCGAAUGCGCAUACCCUUUUUGGGUCCGGUUUUCAGGAGAAUAUACCAGGUUCGGUUUUUCGCGGAUCCUUUUCUGCAUCAUCAAGUGUGGCUCCUCACUCCGUGACGGGUACCAAUAUUUGCCAACAGCAGCAACAAGCACAGUCCUUCCACCAUGCUCUGCAUUACGUAAACAAGAUAAAAAAUCGAUUCCAGGGGAUCCCUGAUGCUUACAAGCGGUUUCUGGAUAUCCUGCAAUGGUACCAGAAAGAACAGCGGCAUUCCGACGCGGUUCGGCGUAAGCUGGCUGAGAAACAAGUUUAUCAAGAUGUCGCUAAGUUGUUUGAUGGCCAAGAGGACUUAUUACAGGAGUUUAGCCAGUUCCUGCCUGAGUCGACUAAUGUGACUAACGCUGUGACUGAAAAUUUUGUUGGUCGACGAGCUUCAGGACAGAUGCAAAGCAGCCCCAGCAUCCCUUCUCCAGAAGUGCAUGUCCCUGCUCCUCAAAUUAUCGAUCGUGUUUCUGAGGGAAUAAGUCUUGCACUUUCCUGUAGGCAGAAGAUCGACUCGCAUACGCAAUUACCAAGUAUGGAUGGCAAAAGGUUGAAACGUCUUGCUCCUGUCUCCGCUGCUUCCUCCAUAUAUGGCUCAGCGAACGCCACCAAAAAAUCGCGUUCCGCAGUACGCGAUGUCAGCAUUACAGAAAUUAAUCAGCUUGCAUCAGGACUCGAUGUUUCUUUGCUACACAAGAUUCGACUGGCGCUGGACGCUGACGGUGGGCGGUCCUAUCAGACCUUUUUACAGGUGUUAAGUUUCUAUAACCGCGGUAUCAUCUCUGCUGAGCAGCUUGUGGAAUCCGUCCGACCUCUUUUUCCCCGUCACGUUGACGUUUGGAGACGAUUUUGCGAUAUAAUAGCAGCUGCCUCUCCAAACACAUACGCUGAAAUUUCGUGCGGGCCUGAAGGAACAAUUGACCCUGCCUCCUUCAGCGAGCACAAAGAUGUAGAAAAAUGUGACAGGGAACGAUGGUUUUCUACCGGCAAUGCCUUCGAGCAACAUCCGGGGUCCACUUUGAACGCGUCAUCAGAUUCCACAUGUCCCGUCCCAGGUGCCCUCACUGACCCCGGUCAAAGAAGGCUUGAUUUGGAUUUCGCUAAACUGCGAACUUGUGGAACCAGCUACCGCGCUUUACCCGCUAACUUUCCCCAAGCCAAGUGCUCUGGGCGCCUCAAGUGCCCUAUUGCUAGAGAAGUACUCAAUGACUCGUUCAUCAGCUUCUCAUCACUCACUUCCGAAGAUUCCCAAUUUGUUUCCUCAAAAAAGAAUCAGUACGAGGAGCACAUGUAUCGUGUGGAAGACGAGCGCUAUGAAGUUGAUAUGGUCAUCGAACUCAAUCGGGCCGCUAUGCAAAAUCUGGUCGUCGUUAAACGACGAAUGGAUCGCAUGAAUCGUGAAGAACUCAGUCGAUUUACUUUGGACGAGAGUCUCAGCGGCACCUCAGCAAUUUUAAUGCGCAAGGCUAUUCACAGGGUCUACGGCGAUAAGGCUGGUGACGUCAUUUAUGGCCUCAAGAAUUGUCCUAGCACAGUGAUUCCCUUGGUUAUUCAACGGAUGCGUCAGAAGGACUCUGAGUGGCGUGAAGCCAUCCGAACUUACCAAAGAUCCUGGGAGGAGCAAGACUCACGGAAUUACCUUCGUUCCCUCGACCAUCAAGGCGCAUCAUUCAAACAACGCGACGCUCCCCUUAUUCGGAGCAAGACCAUGGUCAGCCAGAUAGAAGCGAUCGCUCGAGACGACAAGUCGUGCUGCCCUCUCCAAGAUCCCAUCGGAACUAUGAUCUCUGCCUCACUAACACAACCGUGUCUCACAAAUAGAACAGACCUCAGGACUCCUGGAACGUUCGGGUCCGCUUUAAUCAACGUUAAUGAAGGUUACAAAGAACACGGUGCUCCUCAUCUCGCUUUGGUCUAUCCUCCACCCCAAAUUCGUAACGCCCUACUCGAAGACGCUGCCUCAUUAAUCAUUCACCACGUAAAGCGCCAGUCGAAUACCAAUAAAGAGGAUAAACGAACAAUGAAGUUUUUGAUGCGAACCGUUGUACAGGAUCUAUUCAUGGCUGAUCGGUUUCCUAUGUCGGAUGAUGAGGAGGACGAUGACGAAGAUGAUUUCGAUCACAAAGAUGAUUUAGAUGAACUUGACGAAUCCGGUGCUGGAGACGAAACUAGUCGAACGCGAAGUGGCCGCCAAACUAGGCUCAAGCGGCCUCGAAAGUAUGGCACAGAGAACUCCACUUCGGAAGAAAUGGACAAUCACCAGCAAUCUCCUAGACUUGACUCAGAAGCAGCGAGAUCACGAAUUAGCGCUCCUGAACUCUCCGGGGAUAAAUUCGGGUCAAAUGCAGCCCCCUCAUCUACUUUGGAUAAUUGGCGCUCACCAGCACAUUAUGACGCUUGUUCGUCGAUCGGGUUCCCCUGCGACAUCAGCUAUCCAACGGAGGAGCACUAUUCGGUCCUGUAUGGAAAUGACCACUGGUAUGCCUUUCUGCGACUUCAUCAUCUGUUGAUCUGUAGACUCCAUCUGCUGCGUUCACGUGGAGAAGAGUUGAUGGAAAAAGCCGCUUCCGAGAAUGGGUGUAGUCCGGUUCAGGCCGCCGAAGUCCUCCGGCUGAAGCGAUGUGGUGAAGCGGAUCCCUCCGAAUACUACACUGCAGCACUUAGUUUGGUCAAAGAUUUGCUGGAUGGCGGUGAAGAUGUGACUCGAUAUGAGGAUCGAUUGCGCAACAUGUUUGGCAUAUACGCCUAUCCUUGGUUCACCUUGGAUCGGUUGGUAAUCAACAUUGUGCGACAGCUGCAUGCACUGGCCAGUGGUGAUGAGCUUAGUCACCGGCUAACUGCUCUUCAUCGUUCGUGGGCUUUUGGCACAACCAUCGAUUCGACGUGCAAUAGCCCGUUUCCGCAUCGCUCCACUCAGAGCACAGCCGUCCCACCAUUUCACGCAAGCUCUGUUCGCGGCCCGCUCUGCAGUCGCGUCUGUCGUUUGCGAAGUGAAGCUGCCUAUAGGACACAAGCUCUAGCCGUGGUUAAUUCGUUUUCCAACAAUGGCAACAGUAUUGGUUCUUCAACCCAAUCCGGCACCGCAAUCUCUUCAAGUGGUCAAGGCAACGGCUGUCCCUCUUCCUCCACAAAUGUUCCCAACUGCUACGCUAUCGUAAUGCUCACCGAGGCCUCUGCCCUACUAAUACGCUUGAUUUCACCAAUUAACAUUGAAGGUUCUCUUUCGGAUUCUAUGCCACACAUUUGCAAUGCGUCUCAUCGUGACUUCAACUCCGGUCAACCCUCGUUGGGUAAACAAUCUCUCACUUUGGACGUUCCCGCUAAGCGAUGGUUGGAUUAUUUGGCCACCCACCUCGUUUGGACCCUCGGUUUUAUUCCUCGUGAUGUUGUUUCCCGCGUCCGACCUGUUUUCCUCUAUCGCACCGUGCGACGCUGCAUACGAUCCCUUACACGCAGCGCAUACCACCGGCGGCGCCAGGAGCUCGUUGACACAGGAGACACUCAGCCUGAAGAAUUGCUGUACCAAGCACUAACAGCUUGUGACUCUUCUGGAACCAAUCUUCAAGAUGAAUCUGCCUCAAAGUUGGGCCUGUCGGAAACGCACACUGGUGACAUGGACUCCUCUUGUGAAUCCCGAACUUCGGAUGAACCCGUAUCCACCGUCAAUUUCGAGCACGGUGUGUGGGAAUUCAUGCGUCAUGUGUUCCACAGCGAUUUAACGCGCAAAGAGCUCUUCCGGGACACGUAUUCCAGCGACUGCAUGCAGUCCACCGAUCGAUUGACUUCCAGAGUUAAUCCCCGGACCCAUAAAAUCAAUUGGUCCGUUGGUUCCUAUGGAAUAUUCAUCCGACGCAAACACCGGUGUAACAGUGUAGAUCUCGCACCCUCGGUUCAAAAGUGGCGGAUUUUCCACUCUCGGUGGCUGCAGAACCAUACUGAUCCUGCUGAGUCACAAAUUUCUGCGAAACGAGGAUCGCCUGUGCAUCCGCAGAAGGAAGUCUGCAGGCCCACUCCAGCACCAGGUCCCGAACCCGUUACUGGAUCUCAUUCCACUUCGACGGACCACCCACGUAUAUCUAUCGUUUCUAAUUCCGUUGAUAGAGACGAGAUCAACAUGCAAAUAGCCACCUGCCUAUUAUCACGUACUUUCUGUGGUGCUGAUGAGUGUUCAGACGGUCUUCAUUUACUUUCCUCUAGUUCCAUGGGCAAGGAUGCCGCUGAUCUUGGGUCUUGUUGAUCUGUUUGGUGUGUACAAAGCAUUGCUGUGAGCUAGUCCAGUUUAUCUUUCCUGCUGCUGAUGAACCCCCAGUCGAUUGUACAUAUGUGUGUCACUGCAUUUUGCUCUCGGUUCUGAAUUUAAUUCCUUUGUUACUCAUUUUUAUAUACUUUGCCAUGAACCGCGCUCCUCUACCAUUGGGCUGUACAUAGUAGCACAUGUAUUCGUUCUGGACCGUUGCCUUCGUGUUGGCAAGUUUUCUUCAUUGUACUCUUUUGUUCGCAUUGUGUCAUCGACCUGCCAUUUUGAUACGAAACGCAAGUUGUCUAUCCUUUUGUGGGCGUUGAUUAAUUUUUUUGUCCUAUUUCCAUGGUCAUUUUUUCAUAACUGAUUAGUUGCCUUGUUCAGAAAUGUACUCAGUCGCUCUCCCCCGUGAAUUGGGUGUGCCCCACAGUGGUCCAACGGGAUUCAUUCGGCCUUUCACUGCAGUUUUACUUGUUCACUCCGCGCUUUUUCCGUCCUUCUGAGAGGAGUUCAUAUCUCAUUAUCUUAGAUCAAAAUGUAAAUUUUACACCACAGUUCUUAUCACUUAUCUUUUUUGCUCUCAUCCUUCAUUACUUUGCAGUUUCUUUUCUACGCCCCUCCCGGUAUUACGCAGUUUUGUAGUCACGCCUAGUUAACUGGUUAGGAUCGUCGAUCAUUACUUACAAACUUGGGAGCUAAUUUUUGCCGCCC